CCAAUGGGGAUAGAGAAGAAAAUACUGCUCUUCUGCAUUCCCUGUGUUUGGAUAUGCACGAUUGUAUGGUGUUUUGGUUCAGACAAUUAACACUCUCUCACACCUAGCAGUUCAGAGAGAGAGAGAGAGAGAGAGAGAGAGAGAGGGAGGGAGUAGCAGAACAUUCAAAUUUGCAACAAUGUGAACAGUUCUAUAUUGUUUAUAUUUGGGAGAUGAAUGUUGAUACUGGCUAAGUUUGUACAAACAAUCUUAAAUUGAUUAAAAGCUUAUAAUUUAUAGCAGUUAUAUUCUGAUAAGUACACAAAUACUCAACUUAAACCGGCAAAUUAACUAUUUCCCCAAAAAAACUAUAAUGAGAAAAAACAAACUUCUCCAGAAAAAUAGCUAUCAAUUAUUUCUGAAGAUUAGCAAAAUCUACAAUUUCUUACUUGACUUAUCAGAUGCAGAACGAACUUACAGUUGGUCAACAAGGAGGGGGGGGGAUAAAAUUUUAAAAAGGACUAGCUCGUUUAAGUAUAAAACAAAGCCCAGGGGUUGUAAGUACCUCCCCCUCAAAAUUUCUAGAGGGAGAGCUAAAGCACUCAUCACACUCUCCUUACCUUCAUCAUUCAGCUCAUUUCUGUUUAAAAAAACAUCAUGGCCACUUACCCGCCACAAAAACAUGACCCCUGAUGCCUUGAAACCAAUUCAAAAAAAAUCUCAAGACCAAAUUCGAGAUCGCCCCACUUCCAAAAAAUCAUGGCCUCUCUUACCAUACCCUUACCCAUCACCCACCCAAAACCCCAGAACCCCAAACCCCUCAUAACUAGAAUCAAGAAACCCCCAUUUAUUCGCUCUUCUCUCACAAAGAAUAUUGAACCAUUGCAUGAUGAUGGCUACAUGACCUCUAAAGGCAUCAAAGAAUAUCGUGACGCCGUCACUGAAUCUUUGAGAUUCAAUGAGGGCCCACCGCGCUGGUUCUGCCCCGUGGAUUGUGGGCCUCCGAUUGAGGGAUCUCCCAUUUUGCUGUUCUUGCCUGGUGUUGAUGGCAUUGGAAUGGGCCUCUUCAUGCAUCACAAGGCUCUCGGACGCAACUCCAAUAUUUGGAACUAUUUUGCAACUACUUUUCGGAGUUACAACAACAUUCAAUCUGACAGACGCACUGAAAUUUGGAUGAUUUUUGAGGUUAGGAGCAUGCAUGUUCCUUUUUCUGAUCGUACAUCAUUUGAAGGACUGCUAAAUUUUGUAGAAGAUAUGGUGAAAAUUGAGCAUUCUAGAUGCCAGGAUAAGCCAAUAUAUUUGCUCGGGCAUUGUUUUGGCGGAUGUCUUGCUCUCUCUGUUGCUGCUCGAAAUCCUAAUAUUGACCUAAUAGUCUUAUUAACUAAUCCAGCUACAUCUUUUGACAGGUCAUGGUUGCAGCUACUAUUGAAAACUUUGAGGAGUUCAUUUUGUCAAAUGAACUUUGCGUUCCCAUCAGUUUUGAGUCUAAGUAUUGAUGGUCCGCUAAAGCUUGCUCUGGAGAAUAUCGAUGAACUUACUUUGCAGAUACUGGAUAAAUUUUCAACAAAUUUCGUCUCUCCACUGAUACUUCUUUCAUAUUUAGUGGAUAAUAUAUCAAAUGAGACAAUUUCAUGGAAAUUGAAGCUACUUAGUCUAGCUGCUGAUCAAGCUAAUUCUCACCUUCAUGCUAUUAAAGCUGAGGUUCUUGUUCUUUCCAGUUGCAUGGCCAGCUUUCUACCCAACAGAGAUGAAGGUGAAAGACUCCGGAAAUUAUUACCCAAAUGCAAGGUUUACUACUUUGAAAAUCGUGGGCACAACAUUCUGAUGGAAAAUGGCGUCCAUCUAUGUAGUAUUAUUAAGGGUGCUGGCCUGUAUCGUCAUACAAAACACCAUGCCUAUGUCACAGACUUCCCCCCUAUGACUACAACAGAACUAGCAGCAGCAGACAAGAUGACCAAAGCUGUUUAUUUAGCCACUAGUCCAGUGAUGUUCUCAACUACAGAAGACGGAGAAAUUGUUAGAGGCCUUUCUGGUGUUCCUAACGAUGGUCCUAUUUUGAUUAUUGGAAAUCAUAUGCUAAUGGGAUUAGAUAUGAUGCCAUUGGUUCUAGAAUUCAUAAGAGAAAAGAGAGUUGCGCUUCGUUCUAUGGCACACCCGAUUCUUUUCAUGAAUAGGAGAGAAUGUUCAUCUGAGGGACAUGAUUUUUUUGAUUUUGUAAAAUUAUCUGGUGCUGUUCCUGCCACAAAUAGAAACCUCUAUAGGUUAUUAUCAGAGAAGUCAUGUGUUCUAUUGUACCCUGGAGGUCCUCAUGAAGCUCUUCACCAAAAGGGUGAACAACACAAGUUGCUUUGGCCCGCUCAACCUGAAUUUGUGAGAAUGGCUGCUCAAUUUGGAGCCACAAUUGUCCCAUUUGGAGUUGUUGGAGAAGAUGAUAUAUGCACACACAUAGGUGGUGUUCCCUUGCAAGGAAUUUCUAACUGGUACAAGGACACUAACUUUUCCAAUAAGUCUUCAUCAACAAAAGCUCAUAGUGGCAUUCAUAAGUUAAUUACUGAGGUUCUGUUUGAUUAUGAUGAUCUAAUGAGCAACCUCUUUAUAAGACAGAUGAUAAAUCAGUCUAACCAUGGCUCGGAAUCAAGGGACCAAGAACUGUUAUUUCCAUGUAUCCGUCCGAAAAUUCCUGGUCGCUUUUACUAUCUUUUCGGCAAACCAAUAAGCUUGGAGGGGAAGAUGGAGGUGUUGAAAGACAAGGAAAGAGCAAAGGAGGUGUACUUGAACAUAAAAUCUGAGGUGGAGAGCAUGAUCUCGUUUCUGUUGAAGAAGAGAGAGGAGGAUGACUACAGGAGUAUAUUUAGGAGGAUGCAACAUGAAGCUGCGUACGGUGCUGCUUCUUCAAGCCAGAUGCCCACAUUUGAUCCAUGAGAGACUUUUGUGAAACUAGGUGGUGGGUUUUUAGAAACAGAUCUGUUAAAAGUUAAAAAACCAUGUUUAGGUGGUUAUCAUUAUUUUGUGGGGUUGUUUAUUUUCACAUCAAAUGUCUCUUAAUUGACUU